AUGUCGCGGCACAUUCGGACGGUGGGUACCGACCAGCUGCGGCUGGCGCAGCCCGAGGCGCUGAAGACACAGCCGGCACCGAGCUCGCGGGAGGCGGCCGGCCGAGGCGGGGCAAGCGGGGACGGCGACGGCGAGCCCGGAGCCAAGAUGGUUGCGCUGGAGAGCAAGUGGGCGCGGCUACAGCAGGUAGAGCAGAACGCGUUUAUGACGCCGCGUGAGCGGCAGAAGUUUGUCAAGGACUUGCAGGGCCUCUGCCGCGGCUACCGCGACGUCAACGGCGAGCUCCUCGACUCGGUGGCCGAUCUCCAGGCGCGGCUGACCAUGAUGGAAGCGCGCGAGAAGACGCUCCGUGCCGAGCUCAAGGCGCAGCACAAGGUGACGUCGAUGUACGAGCAGUUUUCGUUUGUGCCCGUCUCGCUCUCGGCCGACAAGCUGCAAGGCGACGUGGAGGCCAUCGAGAACGAUAUCCGGGUCAACGAGCUCGUCACCGACGAGCCGCAGAACCUGAUGGCGCCGUCGCUGCCGGCCGACGACAACGGGCGCAAGUGGAUGCUGAUGGAGCUCAAGUUUGAGCGGCUUGAGCAGCUCAUUGUCGUGCUCAAGAAGAAGCUCCUCCGCUUCGAGGCCAACGAGCACCUGGCUCGUGUGGUGGAGGAGUACGGCGACCUCCCGCACAUCAUCCGCGACAACAACAGGCUCAAGCAGGAGAACACCAAGCUGCGGUCGCGCGAGCAGCGUUUUGCCUGCGACCCGCUGCUCAACAGAUACUUUGGCGAGUCGGACGAGACCUUCCUUCGAGUCCUCACCAUGGCACUGCAGAACGAGCUCGCCGCCCACCGCGCCCUUGUUGCCAAGCACAACCUGGCGGCGAAUCCCAGCCUGGCACUCCUUGUCCGCCCACCGACCGAGCUGCCAGAUCCGACCACGCUCGCCGAUCUCGACACCUGGUUGCAGGAUCCGCUCCUCCGUAACGACUUUGGCGACGAGCUCAAGGCCUGGCGCGAGGCCAACAUCGGCGGCAGCCCGCCGUCGCAGGUCUCGCCAGCCAACGCACUGGCGCUCCUGCAGGAACUCAACCGGGUGAAGGAGACCAACGACUUGCUCACCGCGCAGGUGGCCCGACUUGAGGACGAGCGCCGACUCUCCGCCAACGUCGGCCUAAUGCGCGAGUACUGUGACGCCGAGUUUGCCCACCCGCUCAAAGGCCUGGCCAAGAAGCAGUUCCAGGACAUCAACGAGAAGCUUCUCGCCGAGCUCAAGUCGGUCAACUCUCAGUUUGCGCAGGCCGAGGCCACGCUCGCCAUGCAGUCGGGCAUUCUGGCGACCAUGUCGUCCGAGAAGCAGACGCUCAUGGAGGAGAACGUCAUCAUUGGCAAGCGCGUCCUUGCCCUCCUCAACCAGAACAAGGAGCUGCACAAGCGAAUGGAGAAGACCUCACAACUUUGUCAUUCGCUCUACCUUGCCAAUCUCUCUACCAUCCAGGGCGUGCUCGCCUCCAAGCUACCCGAGUCCCAGAUUGAGACCUUUGUGCACUUUUUCCACCGCGACAUUCUCCUCACCUACCUUACCAUGUACAACGCCGCCGUCCGCAUCCAGUCGUGGUACCGCGGCGUCAAAGUUCGCGUCUUCCUGGCCCGCCGCUACGCCUUUGUGGCGCGCGCGUGCCUCCGCUUCAAGCGGCGCCCUGUUCGGCGCCCGCAGCUACCGGAGCUCUCGUCGUCGGUGGCUUCGCUCGACUCGGACCAGAUGAUGCCCUCGGCGUCGGCGGUCUCGGGAGGCUCUAAUCACGUCACCGGCCUUGUUGCCGCAGAGUACGACGAGGGCCCACUCCCGACCUUCCUCCCUGUCCUGCACACGCUCUCGCGCAUCGUGCUCCAUGUCGAUGCCGACAUCCGCACCGUCCUCCAGAUCAAGUCGGUUCUCGCCAUCUGCAAGCUCGAGAUCCAAGAGAAGCUCCGACCAACCAUGGAGCUUGAGCUCCACCGCUGGCAACGCUACGUCUCGCACAAGCACGCCAAGAUCAACCAAGUCGUCGCGCGCGUCCUCAAGCCCAAGGACACAGCAGACUUUGCCCAGCAGUUCCUCUCACGCGGCCUCGACGCAGGCACACAGACCGAGGACGAGAACCCGGACGAAGCCACCAAGGAGACCAAGUCGGGCGCAAGUUCCGCCAAGCGCGACCGCCGGAAGAGCAAAGAGAAGAAGCGCCGCCACGCCCGCUCCCGCGGCGCUUGACGCCUGCUCAACCGACCGCAUUGAAGACCAACAACUACAAAAAGUCCGAGGUAUGAAGCGACGAAGAGGUGCUCGACAUCCAGUCGUCGGUGAUCAACUCGGUCGAGCUCUCCUUGCCGCUGGCCUUGUUCGGCGUAACGGCAGCGGCGGCAGUGGCGCGGCGGCGCCGACGGCGCAG